AUGAAAGAGGAUGGCCAAUCAGAAUCCGAAGAAGGCGAGUUUGUCGCUCCUGACGAUCCGAAUCUCGCUAAUUCCGCCAGCUCGUUGCCACGUGGCAACAAUUUGGACAACUCCGCCGUGUCACACACGAAAGAGCAGCAAGAUUCGAUCGCUGAAAGAUCCGCGUUAAGAGCAGGAUCGGUAUACGAAACGCAGACCCCUCCUGCUCCUAGAGACGCGACGAACCAGGAACGGCCGGAUCAGGCAGACAGAACGAGAGACACGGGAUCGAAGUCAGACAGGCACGAAAAAGUGGAAAGUGGAUUUGGAUCUGUGCUCGCCGUUCCAGGAGUUAACUUGGAGGAGGAUGAAGAUGCGAUGUUCAGCGAAGUGGCCAAGCUGUGGGCCGGACACACGUCUGGGCAUGCACCCGCGCUCGGAUCGAGUCGACCUUCGACCAGUUUCCCGGCCUCGUCCGGUCAUCCCGCCGGUAUCGCAGGCGAUCCAGUCGCAGGAUGGUCGCACGGGUUUGGGUCGCACGGGGGUGGAUCGCACGGUCGUGGAUCGCACGGUCGUGGGUCGCACGGUCGCGGGUCGCACGGGCGUGGGUCGCACGGGCACCAUCAGAGGGGGCACGGGCGGCAGAUGAUCGACGCGCUCGGGGAGAUGGCAGGGAUCGGCGCGGGGAGCGGGUCCCCUGUGAAGCCCCGUGGGUGGACCAUGACUUCUCACCCCCAUGAUCAUGAUGCUGCCCGUGCGGAUGCAGAUGCCGAUGCUCAUGCUGCUUCUGAUAGCAUGGGUGAUGGUGAUGGCGAUCCUGUUGGGUAUGGUGACGACGAUGGGGGGGGAGAAGGGUUCAGGGAGAGACCGGGGGAGGGGGAGGAGGCGGAGAGAGGAGGGGCGGAGGGGGCUGGAAGAGGGGGAAGAAGGGCGGAGCGGGCGGGAGAUGCGCGGGGUAGUGGGGAGAAGGGGCAGCUGUCGGCGCUGCUGGCGAGCGGAGGGUUUUGGGGAGCGGAAGAGGAGGAGGAGGAGGAAGAGGAGGUGGGAGCGGGGGAGUGGGAGAGUGAAAGAGCGAGAGCAAGGCGAAGAACAGGCGUUGGAGCUACGGCAAGUGAUGGUGGGGAGGGGAGUGGAGGAAUGGGAGAGGGUGGGGAUGGGGAAGGGGGAGGGCAGGACGGGGAGGAAGGAUGGGCGGGGAAGAGGAGAAGAAACGAGUGGGAGCAGGACGAAACGAAUGGGGGACGACACGAUGGGGCGUAUCGCGGGCGAGGGGGCAGGGGCGGCGGAAGGGGCGGGCGGGAGGACUGGCGCGGGAGAGGAAGAGGCGGAGGGGGAGGCGGAGGCGGAGGCGGGGGGCAUAGGCGGCGCAUGGAAGCGGGACCCUCGCGUGUGUCCGUCCCCUGCAAGUUCUAUUUGGGUGGACGCUGCAGCAAGGGCGCGUCCUGCCCUUUCCCCCACACAGGCGUUCCGCGGACCAAGAACGAGCCGUGCAAGUUCCAUGUAACGAAUUCGUGCCUUAAGGGGGAUGACUGCCCCUUCUCCCACGACUUGGCGCGCUUCCCCUGCAAGUAUUUCCACGUCGGCACGGGGUGCUUGGACGGUGAGAGGUGCAGAUUUUCCCAUGGGAGUGCGGAGGAGAGGGAGUUGGUCCGGUUGAGAGAGAUUUGGCAGAGGGACAGGCCGUGGGGUGCGGUGGGGGAGAGACAGGGGUUCAGAGAGAUGGAGAGGGGGAAGGAGGGGUUUAGGGAUGGGGUUGGGGGAGCGGGCGGGAGAAGGAUGGCUGGUGGUGGUGGCAGUGUGGGGGGUGGCGGCGUUAGUGGUGCUGGUGGUGCUGGUGCUGUUGAUGGUACCGCUGUUGGUGGUGCUGCUGCCGCUCUUCCUGUUGGUGGUGGGGGAGGGAGGGGAACAUGGGUGGUUAAGGUUGAGGGCAGCACGGACAGGGGGGAGAGGCUGGGCGGGAUGGGAUCAGAUGGGCGGAAGGGGGGGUGCAUGGGGGGAGAAGUGCAGAAGGAAGGGGGGAUGGGCCAAGAGCGGAAGGAAGGGGGCAUGAGUGGAGGCGGGCGGAAAGAAGGCGAGAAAUGCGCAGAUCAGCGGGGUGGUGAGGGGAGAGGGAAGGAGGGCGGAUUGGGUGCUGUUGUGGGCAGCAGGACGUCUGAGGAGGAGGAGGAUGACGAUGAGGAGGAAGGCAGUGCCCAUGAGGAGGAAGGCAGUGCCCCGGAUCCCUAUGGUGCUGCUGGUUCAGGGCCAGGCACCCACCCAUAUGGGGCUCAUGGGGGCGACACAGACCCAUACGGGGUACAUACGGGUAGCACAGACCCAUACGGGGCUAGCGGGGGUGAUGCAGACCCGUAUGGUGCUGGUGGGGGAGGGCCAGGGGCAGCAUCAGCAUCGGUGCAUGACUUCCUGGCACGGGCAGCUGAGUUCUUUGCCGAUGGGGGGACGGGGGGAGAGGGGGAUGCGCCCAUGUAUGGCAGUAUGGAGUAUAUUGGGGAGGCGGGCGGCGGGACUGGCCCUCGAUAUACGCCUGACUAUGCAGCAGAUGGGGGGAGAGUCUCGUAUGCGCCUGAUUAUGCAGGAGAUGGGGAGAGAGCAGGAGAUGGAGUGGGGGUCCCGUAUGGGACUGAUUAUGCUGGAGGGGCGAGUGUACCCAGAUACAGCAGCACAGGGUAUGAGGGCGAAGCAGGAGGGGAUAAGGCAGCGCACGAUCCUUACUCUUGGAAACAUGCUAAAGAAGAGGAGAGGGAGGAAGAGGAAGAGGAGGAGGACGGGAAGGAGCAGCAGGAGCGCACAGUGGGGAUGGUUGAAGUGGGGCUGGCUUCACAGGGAGUGGAUGCACGGGUUGAUCAUUCGGUUGGGGAGCUUGAGAAGCGGCCAACAGGAAUGAUAGAGCAAUUGGCUUAUAGGAAGAAUGGAGCAGUCAGUAGCGAGGAUGCUGAUUCUGAGAGGACGGUUCGAGCGAGAGCGAAUGUUGCUUCGCUCUUGAGCCAAGUGCUGGAUAGUUAG